UAUAAAAUGGAGAAACAGCAAAGUAAUACAUACGAUUCAGCUGGCGUUUUCUCACGUUUGUUUUUUUGUUGGCUUUUUCCAAUAAUAAUUAAAGGAAAAAAGCGACUUUUAAAAGAAGUUGAUUUAUACGAAACUUCCAAAUAUCAUACUUCAGAGUACCUUGGAAAUAAGCUUCAGAAAGAAUGGAAUAAGGAAUUACAGAAGAGUAAUCCAAGCACAGUAAAAGCAAUACUACGAUUCAUUGGGUGGAAAUACUUAAUAGUAAUUCUACUUGUAUUUAUUCAGGAAACUGUCGUAGUUACAAGCAAAGCAUAUAUUUUAGGAUUAAUAAUAUAUUAUUUUGACAACAAAUCGGAGUGGAAUGAACCAAAACUUUAUUUAUUAGCCGCAGGAUUUUGUGGACUAACAGCGAUUUAUUUGUUGACAUUUAAUACUAAUUACUUUAUAUCAGAAGUAUUAGGCAUGAAGUUAAAGGUAGCUUUAUGCACUGUCAUAUACAAUAAGGCAAUUAAUUUAAGUUCUUCUUCUCUGGCAAAAUCGAAUAUAGGACAAAUUGUAAAUCUUCUAGCAAAUGAUGUCAACAAAUUUUAUAGCAAUAUCUUCACUAUUUCAUAUUUAAUCACAAAUCCUUUUUUACUAAUUAUUGCUGUAUUGAUGCUAUGGCAAUACUGCAGAUGGGCCACUUUAGUUGGACUUUCGGUCAUAUUUCUGUACGUUCCGUUACAAAUUAUGUUGGGCAAACUAUACUCAAAAUUGAGAUUGCAGGCAGCUGUAUUGGGAGACGAAAGGUUGAAUCUGUUGAACGAGGUAAUUGCUGGCAUGAGAUUAGUUAAAAUGUACACUUGGGAGUUGCCAUUCGCUUCGUUAAUAGAAAAAAUCAGAAAGAAAGAAAUGAAGAAAGUGAAAAUGUUUCUAUAUACUCGAGGAUUACCAAUAACAUUGGGAUUUCCUGUGUCAAGAAUAUUUACAUGUCUUACUCUCCUUGCUAUAGUUUUGUUUGGUAGCAGUUUAGAUGCCUAUAUUGUGUUUGUCACUAUGUGCCUUUCGAUUUUCAUCUAUGUUGGCACCGUUGUUUUGUUUUCUAAGGCAAUUAAUUUCAUUGCAGAAAUUUGGGUUUCAUUGAAAAGAAUUCAGGACUUUCUUCUUCUUCAAGAAAAAGAAAAUAAUUCAGUCGAAAUUGCAAAUGAAAAGACGAAACUAAAUGAAUGUGGAAUAUGGAUGAAAAAUGUUACGGCUACAUGGAAUAAUAAAAUUGGAUUAACAUUAAAUGGGAUUAAGUUAUGUGUACAACCUGGAGAAUUGUUAGCUGUUAUUGGUUCAGUUGGAUCAGGAAAGACAUCUUUAUUGAUGUCAAUACUAGGAGAGAUUCCUAUUAUUUCUGGAACAGUAUCAGUGAAAGGAAAAAUAUCUUAUUCUUCACAAGAAGCAUGGAUAUUUAACGGAACAAUUAGAGAAAAUAUUAUAUUUGGAGAAGAAUAUCAGGAAGAAAAAUAUAGAAAAGUUUUACACAUAACGACCCUUGAGAAGGACUUUCUUCUUCUUCAAGAAAAAGAAAAUAAUUCAGGCGAAAUUGCAAAUGAAAAGACGAAACUAAAUGAAUGUGGAAUAUGGAUGAAAAAUGUUACGGCUACAUGGAAUAAUAAAAUUGGAUUAACAUUAAAUGGGAUUAAGUUAUGUGUACAACCUGGAGAAUUGUUAGCUGUUAUUGGUUCAGUUGGAUCAGGAAAGACAUCUUUAUUGAUGUCAAUACUAGGAGAGAUUCCUAUUAUUUCUGGAACAGUAUCAGUGAAAGGAAAAAUAUCUUAUUCUUCACAAGAAGCAUGGAUAUUUAACGGAACAAUUAGAGAAAAUAUUAUAUUUGGAGAAGAAUAUCAGGAAGAAAAAUAUAGAAAAGUUUUACACAUAACGACCCUUGAGAAGGAUAUACGCUUAUUUCCUAAAGGAGAUUUGACACUAGUUGGGGAAAGAGGGGUGAUAAUGAGUGGUGGACAGAAAGCAAGAAUUAAUCUAGCAAGAGCGCUAUAUCUAGACGCAGAUAUAUUUUUACUUGAUGAUCCAUUGAGUGCCGUUGAUGGUCCAGUUGCCAGACAUUUGUUCCAAAAGUGUAUAAUGGAAUACUUGAACGAUAAAACUUGCAUUUUAGUUACACAUCAAACACAGUUUUUGAAUUCAACAACUAAGGUUUUAAUGCUAAAUGGGGUAAGAAAAUAA